GAGUCUUUUAUGUCUUGCUCUAUUUAGAAAUAAACCAGUCUGUUAGGUUUGUUUUGUAAACGUGACAGUAUCUUGUAUCAGCAGUCUCAGUAAAACAGUAUUGCUCUUCAGAGUAAAGAGAAGUAUGGCAGGGAAAGGCAGAGGCAUAGCAGCUUUUACAUUCAGCAUAGAGGCACUGGGUAUCACCAGAGGAUCCAUGCCUGAGACUCAGCGUGGUCCACAACCCUUAUUUCCUCAAAUGGAGUUUAAACCAGUGCCUCUAAAGGCUGGUGAGGAUGAAGACUACAUGUUAGCUUUGAAACAAGAGAUUAGGGGGAGAAUGAAAGGCCUACCUUUCAACAUAAAGCCAUGCUCAGGCAGGAGUGAUGUGGAACGGUAUAAAGAAAAAUAUGUAAGAGAAUGCCAGAAAAUUGAGGAUGAAGAAUGGACACCAGACUGGAACCGUCUUCCAAAGGAGCUAAUGCCCCAGAAGAGGAAAAUAAGAAAGAAAACUGAUCGUAAGAAACCUAGAAACGUUUCGAGCAAAGAUCAGGAGGCUUUGCUGUCUAAACUAGAUGAGCUUGAGAAGAAGGGUGAUAAAUCAGAUGAUGAGAAUGAAAAGGAAGAAAAGGAACAAAAAAAGGGUGAUGAGGAAGAAGUUGAAGGGGACGAAUAUGAUGAAGAAGAGCUUGAAGAGGAGAAUGACUACAUAGAUAACUACUUCGAAGAUGGUGAUGAUUACGGAGCAGGCAGCGAUGACAAUAUGGACGAAGCCACAUAUUAGUUUAUGACCAGAGAAGAUACUGGCUUUCAAAGGAGAAAGGGAACUUGUAAAAUAUU